AAGGCUACCGGGCCCUUGGGUCAUAGUUGCCCUUGUGACAUCAUGGCUAACUCCUCCUCUCCUACCCUUCCUGCCUCUGCCAGGGCCAAUGGAGCAGCAACCAGAGGGGGUGUGAACACCAGAAACACUGCCCCAAACAAUGGGCAGUAAAUGCUGUAAGUCUGGUCCAGAUAAGGAUGCACAAGAGAAAGAGAAACUGAAGGAUGAAAUCAUUAAGAAGGAUCCUGAUGAAACCACAGCACUGAAAGAGGAAGAGAAGAAAGGGAAACACAAAGACAAAGAAAAAGAAAAAAAGAAAGAGAAAGACAAAGACAAAAAGAAAGAAAAGACAGAAAAAAAGACAAAGAAAGAGAAAGAGACGAAGAAAGAAGAGCCUCUACUUCCAACUCCACCCCCUCUAACUAAGAAAAAGAAGCUCCCUGACCGAGAGCAGAAAGCCAUAAAGAUCCAGGCCUGGUGGCGGGGCACUCUGGUGCGCAGGACAUUACUGCACGCAGCACUCAGAGCGUGUAUGAUUCAGCACUGGUGGAAGGUGAUGCUGGCAAAGCUGCUGGAGAAGAGAAAACGAGCAGCCCUAGAGUUUUAUUCACAGCAAGAAUGGGCAGUGGUCAAGCUGCAGUCCUUGGUCCGUAUGUGGCACAUUCGCCUUCGUUACUGCCAUUUGCUCCACGCGGUCCGUAUCAUCCAGGUGUAUUGGCGCUGGCAUAAUUGCCACACCCGUGGCUUUUUCCAUGGCAGCUAUGACCUCACGGCAACCCAUCUGGGACUUGAACUUGAGAUCUCUCUGGGGUCACAGAUAUGUCGGAUUACAGACUGCAUCCCCUUCCCAAUAAAGAACUGAUCAGGUCUGCUCCAA